AUGAGUGACACAGAGACCAAACAUAUGGAGGCAGACAUCCGUCGACUUAGCUCGGAACUUGAAACUUUAAACACACGGCUGACGAGCCGCCUUCAAGCUUCCACCCCUAGACAACAACGUCGAAAGUUGAUACAAGAAAUUGAUGAGGACGCCCAGGGGUGUGUGUUUGAACAUAGAAAUGUGUCACCAAAAUCAAGUCCCAGGUCUUAUGAACUUUAUGAAGACACGCAUCGCAUGCCCGAGCCUAGUGGGUAUCCUGGGGUCUCGCCAGAGAAGCAUCGCAUGCCCGAGCCAAGUGGGUAUGCUGGUGUCUUGCCUGAGAAGCAUCACAUGCCCGAGCCAAGUGGAUAUAGUAGUUACCUGCAAGACAGGCGUCACAUCACUGAUCCAAGCAGGUACCAUAGUGAAUUGCAAGAGAGGCGUUACAUGCCUGAUCCAAGCGAUUAUCGUAGUCACUUCCCAGAAAGGCGUCCAGUGCCCGAGCCAAGUGGGCACGAUGUUGCAAAUUCUGUUGAACUAUCAAAUUUAGCAGAACUCCUGGCUAACCAACAAGACUCUCUCCCUAGAAUGGAGCCUGAAAAUCAAAGUGUUCCAGUCAAGGUCUACGCUCUCCUAGAUCCUCAAUCUGAUUCCUGCUUCAUCAAAGAUGAUGUCCUCGAUAAAUUGGGUGCCGAUGGACCGACUCUCACGCUCCGAUUAUCUACCAUGCUGGCAGAGGACUCCAUCCAGUGCAAGAAGUUAGCUGGUCUUAGGAUUAAGAACAUGGAGAGCACUGUGGACUUGGCUAUGCCCUGUACGUACAGUAGGCAGUGCAUACCAGCUAGCCAUUCCUUAAUUCCAAAGAAAGAAACAGUAAUCAAGUGGUCCCACCUCAGAGAGGUAGCAAAGAAACUUUAUUCCUAUGAGGAAGACCUUGAGAUAGGGCUGCUGAUUGGAACCAAUUGUGCUCAAGUUUUAAAGCCAAGAGAAGUCGUCCCUGGUGAAAGCAAUGAGCCCAACGGAAUCUGGACAGAUCUUGGGUGGGGAGUCAUCAGGAUUGUGACCCAAGGACUUGAGGAGGAAGAGGAGUCGAUGUGUAAGAUGGUCUCCAGUGGCCAAAGCGAAAGAAAAUGUCAUUUUGCCCUGCGCACAUCUGCUAAGGAGAUUACGACUCAGAGGGUAACUGAGAUGUUCGAGAUGGAGUUCCACGAACAACAGUCUGACAAGACAUUGUCCAUGGAGUACAGGAAGUUCAUGGAGAAGGCCAAAAAUGGUAUUUACCAACUUGAAGACGGGCAUUUUGUAUUGCCAUUGCCGUUGAAAAAUGAUGAUAUUCGACUCCCAGAAAACCGUCAGAUGGCGGUGAACCGCUUGAAUCAUCUAAAGCACAAAAUGGUUAAAAAUCCCCAGUUCAGGAAGGACUACACAGCAUUUAUGCAGGAUAUGCUUGACCAAGGUCAUGCUGAACCAAUCCCAGUAACAUCCAAGGGUACCACGGGCCAAGUGUGGUACGUACCUCACCAUGGCGUAUAUAAUCCACAGAAGCCAGGAAAGAUUUGUGUCGUAUACGAUUGCAGCGCGGAGUUUAAAGGGGAGGCCCUGAACCGUCAGCUGCUUCAAGGGCCAGACCUCACAAAUAACCUCUGUGGGGUGCUGACUCAGUUUCGAAAGGAACCAAUAGCGUUCACAUGCGACAUCCGAAAGAUGUUUUAUGAAGUCAUUGUGGAAGAGGGGCACCGAGACCUUUUACGUUUCCUUUGGUGGGAAGACGGCAAGUUGGAUACCGAGCCGAAAGACUAUAGAAUGACGCGCCACAUUUUCGGUGCCACAUCAUCCCCCGGUUGUGCGAACUAUGCCAUGAAAGAGACUUCAAACCGAUACGAAGGCCACUUCGGAAAGCCCACUGCAGAUUUUAUACGCCGUAAUUUCUAUGUUGAUGAUGAAGCCCAGUCAGUUGUCACAACUCAGGAAGCAACAGAGCUGAUAGUAAAAUCAAGGGAACUUUGCAAAAAGGGAGGAUUCCAUCUCCAUAAGUAUAUAUGCAAUGAUAAAGAUGUUGUCAGCAAAAUCCCUGAAGAAUUCAGAGCAGCAACAAUCCAAAGUUUCGACAGCCACUCAGAGAGCUUACCAGUUGAAAGAAUAUUGGGGAUCCGGUGGUGUGUGGAAUCAGACACUCUGCAAUUUGCCAUAACCUUGAAAGAAAAGCCACUGGCCAGGCACGGAAUACUGUCAACUGUCAGUUCAGUGUUCGACCCCCUUGGCCUGGUAGCCCCUGUCAUUUUGGAAGGUAAACGCAUUGUCCAGGAAUUGUGUCGAGACAACAAGGGUUGGGAUGACCCUAUUCCAGACAGCAUCAAGACAAGGUGGAAAGCUUGGAGAUCACAGUUAACCAACCUAACCCAGUUUAAGAUUCCUCGUUGCUAUCGACCACCUGACAAGACACAACAUCAGAAGCCAAGGCUUCUCGAGUUGCAUCACUUCUCUGAUGCCAGCCUACUUGGAGGUUAUGGACAAUGUAGUUAUGUAAGGAGAGUCGAAGAGAACGGCAGGACAAGUACAGCCCUUGUGAUGGCCAAGUUUCGUGUUAGGCCAAGCAAGCCUACAACUGUUCCUCGCCUGGAACUGACAGCUGCUGUUUCAUCCGUCAAAAUCAGCAAUUUCCUGAGGGCCGACUUGGACUAUACCCAAGACGUCAUUGAGCACUUUUGGACAGAUAGUAAAGUUGUGUUGGGCUACAUCUCAAAUGAAGCCAAAAGAUUUCACAUAUUUGUGGCCAACAGAGUCCAGCAGAUAAGAAACAGCACCAAGCCUGAGCAGUGA